UCCAUUCCUUCAUUCAGUCGUACUCUCAGUCCACCCAUCCAUCCAUCCAUCCAUUCAUUCAGCUAGUGACUCAGUCGUCGUCUUGCAGCCCGACCAACGAAAGAGCACCACACACGGGACUAGCGAUAGCUAUCGACAGAAGAACCCUCAGUCGUACCGGGCUAUCUAUCGGUCACUCUGUGUACCUGGGGCAAAUGAGCGAGUCGAUCACGUAAGGCAGCCCCGACACGGACACCUCUCGCAGCAAACUGCACACACACACACCGCGGAUGCACACAUGCCAAAUCGUCCGUGUGCAUUGGUUGGUUCCACGUGGGCGAACCGUGGCUGCCCGAGAUGGAGGUUUGUGAAUUUGGCCACUGUCUCGUGCACCAGUACGUGCGUCUCGGAACUCAACACAUCGCGACACUCCUCAUGGGCCCCCUGAAGAUGACACACAUACACACAGACAGACCGACAGACAUAUUCACCCGUCUCGCUGUGCGUGUCUGGUGUCUCUCUCUCUCUCUCUCUCUGUCUGUCUGACCGUUGUCAUUCUGCCCUUGCACCAGUGGGAUAUGGCCACCAUCGACCGCAGCGCACCAACCGUGAAGUCCCCAAAGCAAGGCGACCCGCCACGAGUUUUCUCUCUUUCGACUGUCUGUGCAGGGGGGAACCUCAGCGCGACCAUGGCGGUGGCCAGCUGUGCCGGGCCGUAAGCCACCCCCCUCUCGCCUGAACACACGUGCACUGGCGUGGCAGCCACAUGCCGCCUCGUGUGGCGCAGAAGGCCCCCGACCAAGCGACGCAUUGCCGGGAGGCAUGACGGAGGCAGGAGGGCCCAGGGGUAGGUCAGGUACACCGACAGCACGUUGCAGCAACUGCGGUACGGCAGCACAGGCGUCUCCUGCUGGAGGUGCUCAAAGGCGAUGGCCACAUAGACGUAGGGGUCCAGGAAGUCGACUUUCUUCAGAGCCAUCAGCAGAGCCACCACACCCAAAGACGUCAGAGGCCCCUCGGGACUGGCCUGCUCUUGUGGUGGUGCCGCGACGGGUCGUGGAAUGAUGCCGGUGUAGGGGAGGAGGGCUCUCACAAAGGGGGGGUCCCAAAUGCGCAUGCGCGACCAAGCUGUGAGGAGGUUUGCGGCCAUCAUGGGCGUGACGUCCGGCAGGAGGUCACGGAAGGGCGGUACGUCACCGGGGCCGGUGAGGAGGCGCUUCUUGAUGGCCAUGAGUGCGUGUGCGGCCUCGUCGGCCAGGCGAACAUCCUGCGACCCCAGCUGCGACAGCUUGAGUACGAGAGUGGUCAUGGUCACCAGAGAGCACUGGUCGGUGCGGACGUCCCUCUGGAUCUUCUGCACCAGCAGCCGCAGGAACUCCGAUGUGAGCAGGCGGAACUUGAUCAGCGCGCCGCACAGACGGGCCACUGAUGAGGGGUGGAAGGUCGACGGCUGCAGGUCCCCGUUGUUGAGCCGCCACCGACACCGAUCAAGGAUCCUCCGCAAAUGGAACUCAGUCGACUCCACCCACUGGUCCUGCUGAUGUUCAUGCUGCUGGUCGUCAUCCCCGUAGUAGCCCUCUUCUGUCGUUUCGGCCCUCUCCCUCCUACUUCUGUCGUCCUUCAUGUCCUUCCACUUGGAAAGGGCGGUGAGCAGAUUCGCCAUCGCCCCGUCGCGGAAGUGCGCCACGUGCGGCAGCAGCCGCCGGCAUGACAGGUCGAAGAGCUCGUCAUCGCAAACCUCUGCAUGGCUGAGGGCGCCCAGUGCGGCAAUGAUGGACCCCGGCUUGACCUCUCUGCGGUCGAUGGCCGCCUUGAGGGCCGGCAGCAGGGCCUGCACCGCCGACAGGAUCUCUGGGCGGCGGAAGAGCCACUUGAGCCGGCUGCCGGCCAUCAGCAGCUUGGCGAUGUCCUCGCCCAUGAUGUCGCAUUCACCGCUGACAUCAACGUCGUUGGCAAAUGCGUCCCCGAGCACCACACCGCCCUUUCGUUUGGGAGGGCUAUUGGUCACGCUGACCUGGAGCAGACGGAAGAACAGCGCGUCGUAUUGCGGCCUUGGGAACUCCCAACCCAGACGGGCAAAGCUCAUCGCACAGGAGGCCAGCUCGAAGAAGGGCACCACCGAGCCGUCAGCCUCUUGCCUCGCCAUGAGCUCCUGAAAGUCGGCAUAGAGCGCCGUUUCGAGCAGCUUGAUGACGGCCAUGUCCAUUCGGGGCAGCUGGAUGGCUGCGUCAUGCAUCGGCUCACAGGUGUCGUCCUCCUCCUCUCGGCCGUGAGGCAUCAUGACGGGAGCGUUGAAGUCGACCAUGGCGAACAGGAGGCAGGAGAUGCCCGACAGAUGCAGCGCCACGUCACCACAUCCGUCUGUCAGCCGGCUGUGCAGGAUGGGCACGAGUCGCUGCCAUGGCUCGAUGAGGCUCACCCGCGCCCCCACCAGACGCCGCAGCUGACACAUGAGGCCCAUCAGCACGCCAAGCUUCUUCAGACGCACAUCCGACGGUCGGUCAGUCACGGCCAAAGCAACACACGCCAAGCCGCCCACGGCCGACUCGAGCAAGCGCGAGUCAGCUUUGUCGGCCGCCAGGGAGUCAGUGACACCCUUCUGGUCGUCACGGCUCGCCCCUCCGCCGCCCUUCCUCCGUUGCCCCCGUUUGUGUGGUGGUGUGAGGCGAUCUCUGAUGGCAUUGCAGGCAAUCAUCAUCGCCCGGGCCGUGUCGAUGAGUAGGUGUGGAUGAUGCUCACGUACAGAGCGCCUCUUGACCUCCCCGACGACCAGCGAAAAGAGCUCCACUUGCAGCCCCCCACCCAGGGUAGCGAAUGGCUUGUCGUCCUUGGCGAGCAGAAACGCCUUCUGGGCCGCGCUGAAGGGCAGCUGCGGCAAGACCUCCUGCCUCAGCCGCUGCAGGCUCUCCACGCCCUCACCAGAAGACUCAUCAGAUCUACUGCACAAGCCACCAACCUCUACAUGGAAGCGCCUCAGCGGCGGCGGGCCCUCGGCACUCAUCGAGUCGCUUCGCGCAUCUUGGUCACGAGCUGGUGCUGGUUCAGGGAUCUCCAUCACCAGCGGUUCGUCGUGAGCGGCAUCUUGGCGCGGAAUCAUCGCUGCUGAAAGAAGCCUUCUCCGAAAGAUCACAUGGCUGCAAAGACGCCUUGACACAUGGCUGACCAGCCUCGUUGAUUGCAUGAGAGAAGCUGACUGAGGACUCCAAAGUUGACAAGUGCUGGCGCCGGCUGUUGCCAU